AACCCCAAUAUCAUUUUACAUGUCUGUUUCAAACGUCUGAAGCUCUCGCAGUGAUUGUUUUGAGAAACGAAAAUGUAUUCACCGUUGUUUCUAACAAUUGCGUUGGUAUUUCAAACUCCGUUUUUGAGCAUCGCCACCAUAGUUAAAAGAGAUAUAAUUUGUGGACAAAGACAUCGUGAUGCUCCAGGAAUCCUUAACAGUCCUAAUUAUCCAGAGGAAUAUCCUGCCAGCACCGACUGCUCAUGGACUAUAUCUACCACAGCAGGAAAAAUAAUUACUCUGAAGUUUACGAAAUUCUCGCUUGAAGCUCACCUCGAUUGUUCAUAUGAUUACGUGAAAGUUUAUGAUGGUGAAAGCCAUAAUGAUGAAUUGAUUGGAAAAUAUUGUGGGAGUAACAUCCCCGAGAAGUUAGUCUCGUCAAAUUCCAAAAUGCAUAUCGUAUUCCAUUCUGACAGUGGAGUGGAAGCUCCAGGAUUUUCAAUGAAGUUUUCAUCUUCGUAUGGCUGUGAUCACUACUUGACGCAAAAUUCUGGCGAAAUGUUAUCCCCCAAUUUUCCUGCAACACACCCUCAACCAACUCAGUGUAACUAUCUUAUCAACGUCACAACUGGUUCAACAAUCAAUCUGACUUUUGUGGAGUUUGAUCUAGAAAAAGGUAACGGUAACGAUUGUCAGUUUGACUAUAUUGAAGUAUUUGAUGGUCCUUCACCUCACUCAACAAAACUGGGAAAAUUCUGUGGCAAUGUCAAACCUAAAGUAAAGCGAUCAUCUGGACAUAUGAUGUUAAUCCGAUUUUAUGCGGAUGCAACUGUCCAAAAAACAGGAUUUCGAAUAAAAUAUUACGCCAAAGAAAAAGAAGUUGUCCUAAGUGAUGUUUGCAGCAGACCAAAAUACACUGGUGAUUGUCGUGCUGGAUUUGAUAGAUGGUUUUAUAAUGCUGCAACAAAAAGAUGUGAACGAUUUAUCUACGGCGGUUGUAACUCGAAUGGAAACAAUUUCGAAACAAAAAGAGAAUGCUUGAAACGAUGUCAUGAAACCUCCCACGAUUUUAAUGAAUGUUCCAGAGAAAAUGGACGAUGUGAUCAAUCGUGUCAUAAUACAUUAGGAAGUUAUUUUUGUUCAUGCUGGAAAGGAUACAGACUUGGUGAUGAUCAACACACUUGUGAAGAUUUGGAUGAAUGCUUACAAGGUCGUGAUGUCCAUCAUUGUCAACAAAACUGUACUAACAUGCCUGGAUCUUACUACUGUACAUGUCAAAAUGGCUUUAUACUCAGUGCAAACGGACGAACAUGCAUUGAUAUAAAUGAGUGCGUAACAGGUGGAAAUACAUUGUGUCAGCAAGAUUGUAUCAACUUACCUGGAACCUAUCAAUGUUCUUGCUAUGAUGGCUAUGAAUCGUACCCUGGCAGACCAAAAGAAUGCAAAGAUAUUAAUGAAUGUGAAAAGGAUUUGGAUGAUUGUCAUAACUGUACUAACACAGAUGGAAGCUACGAGUGCACAUGUAGAUCAGGCUUUGCUUUGAGUGAAGACAAAAAGUCGUGCUCUGAUAUUGACGAAUGUCUCAUAGACAAUGGAGGGUGUUCACAGAUAUGUAUAAAUACACCUGGAAGCUAUGAGUGUAAAUGUCAAGACGGUUUUUAUUCGUUAGAUAUCGCGUCCAUCAACUGUCAAGAUAUUGACGAAUGUAUUGAUAAUAAUGGUAAUUGCUCACACGAAUGUCUCAACUCCAUGGGAUCAUUUAACUGUUCCUGUCCCAGAGGCUAUGUACUAAAAGAUGAACAUAUCUGUCUUGAUAUCAAUGAAUGCAUAACAGCACCGUGCUCUCACAACUGUUCAAACACAAACGGAAGCUUUUUUUGUCUCUGUGAAGAAGGUUUUCAUAUCAGUGAUGAUCGUGUAACUUGUGUAGAUACAAACGAAUGUGAAGGAAACAGUUCAUGUGAUCAAAUAUGUAUAAACAACAAUGGAAGCUAUACAUGUGAGUGUCAUGACGGAUAUAGAUUGCUUGACGAUGAAAUGUCUUGUGUUGACAUUGACGAAUGUUUGGAAGAAACUUCAUGUUGUGAUACACAAUGCGUUAAUGAAGAUGGAGGAUAUUCUUGUAGCUGUAACGAUGGCCAUUUCUUGUCCAAGGAUAAUUGCACUUGCAAAGAUACAAACGAAUGUCUCCUGAAUAACGGAGGAUGUGAUCACCUUUGCAAUAAUACGAAAGGAGGUUUCAGUUGUUCUUGCCAUCCUGGAUAUCAAUUGGAUCCAACAAACUCGAGUCGUUGCAUUGAUAUAAAUGAAUGUUUAGUGGAAAAUGGUGGCUGCUCUCAAUUAUGUAACAACACUAUGGGAGGAUACGAAUGUCAUUGUAGAGUGAUGUAUGAUCUUGAUUUGGACGGAAAGACAUGCAAACAUUGUCCUACGUGUGAAACAUUUGGAAGUGCAGUCAAAAUUAUUGAGGAACUGCAAGCGGAGGUUAAAGCCUUACAAAGACGGUUUUCUCAAUUAACAUUGAAAAACGACGAAUGUUUGUAUAAAGGAAAAACUUAUAAGAACAGAGACAAUUGGGAUGACGGUGAAUGUCGUCGUUGCUAUUGUCAGAAUGGUCAAGUGCUAUGUUUUCAAGAAAAAGAUUGCUUUCAAGCAGACUCUCCAGCACUAUAUCCCGCAGUGGGUAGCAGCAGUAAUCAAAAGAAGUAAGAAAUUAAACGAACAGAAAUUCAAGUAGGUUUAAUGUAGGUAUAACAAAGCAUUAUAUCAAAAAAAUACCAGUAUUACAUUUAAAACUUUCUCUAAACAAACAUUUCAAACAACAAUCUUUCAUCUCAUAAGUCUUGCAUUAUUUUUAGACUAUAGCCAGAAACAAAACAAGAAAUGCAAUAUUAGAUCUAGUAGAAGUAAUCUUUUUUGUAUUAGAGACAAAAUUUGCUAAUCAUUAAUUUUAAUAGUAUGCAGUAAGAAUAUAUUUAGUAAUUGUCAACAUGAUAAUAGAAAAUGAUUUACAAGACAGAAAAA